AGGCGGCGGCUCCCCCGCGGCCGGCCGCCCGCGCCCGCGCGCCGAGGCGAUGCCGGACCAGAUCUCCGUGUCGGAAUUCGUGGCCGAGACCCAUGAGGACUACAAGGCGCCCACGGCCUCGAGCUUCACCACGCGCACAGCGCAGUGCCGGAACACGGUGGCGGCCAUCGAGGAGGCUUUGGAUGUGGACCGGAUGGUUCUUUACAAAAUGAAGAAAUCCGUGAAAGCAAUAAAUAUCUCUGGGCUGGCUCAUGUGGAAAACGAAGAGCAGUACACCCAAGCUCUGGAGAAGUUUGGUGGCAACUGCGUCUGCAGAGAUGACCCAGAUUUGGGAAGCGCGUUCCUGAAGUUCUCAGUGUUUACAAAGGAGUUGACAGCGCUUUUCAAGAACCUGAUUCAGAAUAUGAACAACAUCAUCUCUUUCCCUCUGGACAGUUUGCUGAAGGGGGACCUAAAAGGAGUGAAAGGGGAUCUGAAAAAGCCUUUUGAUAAAGCUUGGAAGGACUAUGAAACAAAAAUAACCAAAAUAGAAAAGGAGAAAAAGGAACAUGCCAAGCUCCAUGGGAUGAUUCGUACUGAAAUAAGUGGGGCUGAAAUUGCUGAAGAGAUGGAAAAGGAGCGGCGGUUCUUCCAGCUACAGAUGUGUGAGUAUCUGCUGAAGGUCAAUGAAAUUAAGAUUAAAAAGGGAGUGGAUUUACUUCAGAAUCUGAUCAAAUAUUUUCAUGCCCAAUGCAAUUUUUUCCAGGAUGGACUGAAAGCGGUUGAAAGCCUCAAACCUUCCAUUGAAACACUUUCCACAGAUCUGCACACAAUCAAACAGGCCCAGGAUGAAGAAAGAAGGCAGCUGAUACAGCUUCGAGAUAUUUUGAAAUCGGCAUUGCAGGUUGAACAGAAAGAGGAUUUACAAAUUCGCCAGAGUACAGCCUAUAGCUUACAUCAGCCUCAGGGAAACAAAGAACACGGAACCGAGCGGAAUGGCAACCUCUACAAGAAGAGCGAUGGGAUCCGAAAAGUGUGGCAGAAAAGGAAAUGUUCUGUUAAAAAUGGCUUUCUGACCAUCUCCCAUGGCACGGCUAACCGGCCUCCUGCAAAGCUCAACCUAUUAACCUGCCAAGUGAAGACCAACCCUGAGGAGAAAAAGUGCUUUGACCUUAUUUCACAUGACAGGACGUACCACUUCCAAGCUGAAGACGAACAGGAAUGUCACAUAUGGAUGUCUGUGCUGCAAAACAGCAAAGAAGAAGCUUUAAACAAUGCAUUUAAGGGAGACGACAAUACUGGAGAAAAUAACAUAGUCCAAGAACUGACCAAGGAGAUCAUCUCUGAAGUCCAGAGGAUGACGGGCAAUGACGUGUGUUGCGACUGCGGGGCGCCAGAUCCUACAUGGCUUUCCACCAAUCUGGGCAUUCUGACCUGCAUCGAGUGUUCUGGAAUCCACCGAGAGCUGGGGGUUCACUACUCCAGGAUGCAGUCCCUGACGUUAGAUGUAUUGGGAACAUCUGAGCUGCUGCUUGCCAAGAAUAUUGGGAAUGCAGGCUUUAAUGAGAUCAUGGAGUGUUGCCUUCCAGCUGAGGACUCGGUCAAACCCAGCCCAGGCAGCGACAUGAAUGCAAGAAAGGACUACAUCACUGCCAAGUACAUUGAGAGGAAAUAUGCAAGGAAAAAACACGCGGAUAACACGGCAAAACUCCACAGCCUUGGUGAGGCUGUCAAAACAAGAGAUAUUUUUGGAUUACUCCAAGCAUACGCUGAUGGUGUGGAUCUUACGGAAAAAAUCCCACUGGCCAAUGGACAUGAGCCAGAUGAAACAGCCCUGCAUCUUGCAGUCAGAUCCGUGGACCGGACUUCUCUUCACAUUGUCGACUUUUUAGUUCAGAACAGUGGGAACCUGGAUAAACAGACAGGGAAAGGCAGCACGGCCCUGCACUACUGCUGCCUGACGGACAACGCUGAAUGCCUCAAGCUCCUGCUGCGGGGGAAGGCGUCUAUCGAGAUCGCUAACGAGUCAGGAGAGACACCGCUGGACAUCGCCAAGCGCCUCAGGCAUGAGCACUGUGAGGAGCUGCUCACCCAAGCCUUAUCAGGAAGGUUUAACUCUCAUGUGCAUGUUGAAUAUGAAUGGCGGUUGCUCCAUGAAGACCUGGAUGAAAGCGAUGACGACAUGGAUGAGAAAUUGCAGCCCAGUCCCAGUCGGCGAGAAGACCGGCCCAUCAGCUUCUACCAGCUGGGGUCCAACCAGCUGCAGUCUAAUGCUGCCUCUUUGGCCAGAGACGCCGCCAGCCUGGCCAAGGACAAGCAGAGGAGCUUUGCGCCCAGCAUCUUGCAGAACGAGACAUAUGGAGCCAUCCUGAGCGGCAGCCCACCGCCCACCCAGCCUGCAGCCCCCAGCACCGCCAGUGCACCCCCACUUCCCCCGCGGAACAUUGCCAAAGUUCAGACAGCCUCCUCAGCUAACGCCUUGUGGAAGACAAACUCUGUAAGUGUGGACGGUGUAAGCAGGCAGCGAUCUUCGUCAGAUCCGCCAGCUGUCCACCCACCGCUGCCCCCUCUUCGCGUGACAUCUACCAAUCCCCUGGCUCCCACGCCACCACCCCCAGUAGCAAAAACGCCCAGUGUGAUCGAAGCCUUGAGCCAGCAGAGCAAGCCGCCCCCAUCUGGGGGCCCACUGAGCAAAGCGCCCCCGCCCCUGCCGCCCCAGCCGCCCAGCCGCCCCCCUCAGAAGAGGCCUGCUCCUGGGGCUGACAAGUCUACCACACUGACCAACAAAGGCCAGCCAAGAGGACCCGCAGUGGAUCUGUCUGCAACGGAAGCUCUGGGUCCUCUGUCCAACACCAUGGCCAUGCAGCCCCCAGCGCCCAUGCCCAGGAAGUCACAGACGACCAAGUUGAAGCCCAAGCGGGUCAAAGCCCUCUAUAACUGCGUGGCUGACAACCCAGACGAGUUGACCUUCUCUGAGGGGGAUGUGAUCAUCGUGGAUGGGGAGGAGGACCAAGAGUGGUGGAUUGGCCACAUUGAUGGAGAUCCUAGUCGCAAAGGAGCAUUUCCCGUAUCAUUUGUGCACUUUAUUGCUGACUAAAUUGCUACUGAACAAAAACACUUCUUUUAACAAUUUUUCUGUUCCUGUUUCAUUAUUGGUACCAAAACUCUUGCCAGAUAACCAGUUUCAUGAAUUGUAUUGUCCGGUAGCCCCACUUUCUCUAAUGCCACUGUUCUGUUUUAAAAACUCAAAGGCGUUUUAUAUAUAUAAAUGGAUUGUUUUUAUAAUUUGUGGUUUUCAUGAAACAUUGCUAUCCUUUUAGUGGGAAAACUGAAUUUCCUAAAAGGUGAACUGAAAAGUUAUUUUAACUACAUCAUCAAGAUCCUGAAUCUACAGAAUUAGCUGAACCAAAAAAUGUUUGAGAAAGAAAGAAAUUCUUCCUGCUUUCCUUGGCUCAUUUCUGGUGUCGGUGACCUUUAGCGCAAUUUUUGUUUUAGGAAGCCAGUAAACUGUUGCUUUAGAAGUCCACAGCCAGCCAGGACUUUCUAGAUAAAAUGCUAUCAGUUCACCUUUAAAGAUAUUAAAAAAAAAAAAAAGAUACCUUUGAAAUCCACCCAAUGUUUAUUUAAAGCAACUUGGAAAUUUACACCUUAGUGCUCUACCUUCCAGCCCUAAUUUGUGAGGUUGCAACUCUCACUGUAUUCUGCAUGUGCGUGUAACCUGUUGUGAGCAAUCCUAUACAAAACUUCUGAUGGUUUAUUACAGUAAUCGCAGUUAAUUCUGUUCUCGGUUAUAUAAAACUGCAUUUCCUGAAUUUGGUUAAAAACUAAGGAUGAUGGAUUGCAAAACAGUUCUUUAAACUAGUUUAUAUGCUUUAGAUGUUUUGCCUUCUUGAAUUUCCUUCAUCACACAGGUAGAUGCUGUGGCGCAGACCCCGCUAUGUUACCACACACCUGCUGUUUCCUCUUGAGUGUACCACUGCCUUCCCUUUCUAGCUCCUGAGAAUGUUUACUCAGUUUAGUGUCUUGUGUUUAUAUAAUAUACCAACAGGAAUGGUAGUUACACUGUCUUGAAAUUUAAUCAGUCCAUUUGUUUGUAAUCAAGAGCAUAUCAGAAAUCUGUAGGUCCCAGGUAAUAAAUACUCCCAAACAUCCCAGUUUUACUGUUGAAGUCCAUCAUAUCAUUCUUAAACUUAAGCUUCUGGGGGUGGGGGGAUUAGGUUAUAUCUGAUAAGAUCAAAAUUCCUUAGUUUAAUGAACUUGACUGUCAUACCUCUAUUUAGUAAUUGUGAGCAUAAGAUUCAGAGUAGGAAUAUUGGAAAUUUUGGCGCUCUUUGAGAAUAAAUAGGCAUAUAAUGCCCACUUGGGUUUUUACCAAAAGUAAAGGAAUAAAUUUAAAUAUAGGCUUGGAAAGCGAGGUGACGAUGCUUUUAUUGCAUUUGUUAUGAUGGUACAUUUGACUGAAGCAGCCUGUCUUUAUUAUGCAAGACUCUUUAAGUGCAGAGCUUCUUUUUUUCUAAUUGCAUUGUAUUUUUUGUUGCUAUUAUAAAGGAAGACAACAAACUGGAAUGUUUUAAGAUGUUAUACAGCAAUUGCUUUUUUGCCUUUCAUAGUUCGGGUAAAAAUGUGUUAGAUCUGUAAUUAGUCUUUUUUUUAAAGCACUACAUCUAUUUUCACUAAUUGUUAAUUUCUGUUGUUUGAACCCUUUAGUUAAUUCUCUCAUAGAUUUAAGAAAGUAAACAGAUGAUUUUGCACAGUGCACUUCUUAUGUAUAUUUUAACAUAAUCCUUUCACAUCUCUGUCUUACAAUCGGCCUUUUGACUACUUGGUGCCAGCUACAUAAGGAAUAAAGUUGAUUCAUAUCAACAUUUGAAUGCCAGUCCCAAACUAAUCUAUCAGGUUCACUGGUACAUAAAUAUCUAGGAAAUAUUUUUCCAAUCUACAAUUUGGUGGUGCUAUUGUGCAGUAAUUAAUAUUACUCUUGCCAGAGAAGAAAUUAUAUUAACUUCCCUGCUAAUAUCCUUUCCUAGUUAUUUGCUCUUUGCAAAUUCAAAAAAGCAACUGAGAGAAAGGAAAACAUUGUAGAUAUCUAUUUAUAUUUAAAGUUUACGUUUCAUGAAUUAGCUGCAGGAUUCCGGCAUUUUGCAUGCCAUUUCCAUCAGAUCUGACUUCUGGGGAUAAGGACUCAGAAACAUGUGCACAGACUAAUAGUUACUGUGUGAUCUGUUAGGGGUGGGUAACAUACUAUGCAGCGUGGAAUGCUAUUUGAGAUGUAUGAUAUUCAAUUCAUUCACUUGAUUACUUGGGUCUAGUUGCAGCGCAACUGUAUAUAUUGUAUAACCUAAAUCAAUUCUUAUUUUCAUUGUCCUUAAUGCAGUGAUUUAUAAUUAGAGCAUGUUUAUUAAGUCUACUCUUCUUGUUAACUAGUCAUUUGACUAGAAAAAAAUAAAGUACUUUUAAAUGGA